AUCUAUGCUUUGCGUCCAUUAAAUAGAGACAACUCUCCAAACCCACACUCCAUAACAGAGACUAAUUGGAGUUUUCUUGCUUCCAUGGCUUAUCACAGAUCUCUUGAUGUGUAUUCUUGGAUUCAGAACCUUCCACCAAUCUCACAAUGGAAAACAAACUCCAUGUCCCUGAGUUUAUGCUCUGUAACAAACUCAUCAUCCCAGCAACAACAACCAUCACUCAAUCUCACCAUAUCAAAAAACCACCACUCCCCAAACCUCACUUUUGCCAUUGUAGCAGAUUUCAACAUCCCCAUCUUUCUCUGGACCUCAAAACCAUUCAAACCAACCUCCAAUGAAGAAACCACUUACAAUCUCCUAGUCAAUUUUGUACAAGACAUCCUCCACUAUGGCUCAAACAAGAACAGUACCUCCUUCAUCAAAUUCCCCAAACUCAAUUCCAUUACCAACUUCCAAGACAUUUUCAACCUCGCUUUCCUCACCCUCUUGUUCCUAGUUUGCAUCUAUGAAUCCCCUGCUGAUCUUCGCUCUGGCUGUCUCAGCACUUUGAAGGAACAAUUAUCAGAUUGUGGAUCAAGACAAGGUACCAAGUUGCUGAUGAAGCUGUUGGGUUCUAACUUGGAAGAACAGUGGAUGCGUUCUGUGAAUCUUGCUAUUACCAAUUGGAUUGUGGAGCUUAAAGGAGGAGCACAUCAUCACUACAGCGCGUUGAGAACACCCUCUUCUCUGUUUUCUUAUGCGUUCUCAACGUUUGGACUGUGGAAAGUUCAAUUGUACUGUCCUGUUAUAAGCAUGGAUGUGGUGAGAGCAAACAACCAUUCAGCUGAUGAGAGGCUUCAAUUCUCUCUCACGUACCAACAGCUUGAAGGUGUUCUUCAAUUCAAUUACAGGGUCACCAUUAAAGAGAAGUGGGUGGAAAUCAUGGUCAACAUUGACAAUAUAAGAUGUGAUGUUUUCAAACUGGUAGAUGACACUCUAAUGAGAGAAAGAGGAGCAGGUUCAUCUGAAAAACAUUUUCCAUCAAGAAUCUCAUUACAACUCACCCCCAUGCUCCAAAAUCAAGUGCUGAGCGUUUCAGUUGGCAAAUCCUCAGAGAAUCCCCGAAUUGAAAUCGGCAUGGAGAAGGGCAUAGAAGCUUCAUUUGAGCCAACAAAUCCUUAUAAUAUGGGACUUAGUGUAUCAGCUGGAGAGUCCUCAACUGUGAGCCUAAAGCCUUGGAAAUUUGAGCAAUCUGUUUAUGGAUAUAGUGCAAAUCUGAAUUGGUUUCUUCAUGAUAGCAUGGAUGGUAAAGAAGUGUUCUCCACGAAGCCUUCAAAGAUUGCAUUGGUUAACCCAAAGUCAUGGUUCAAGGACAGGUACUCAAGUGCUUAUCGUCCUUUCACAAGGCAAGGAGGGGUUAUUUUUGCUGGUGACGAAUAUGGAGAAAGUGUGUGUUGGAAAGUGGAUAAAAGUACCAUAGGGAAGAAAAUGGAGUGGGGGAUAAGGGGUUGGAUAUGGUUAACAUAUUUGCCUAACAAGUACAAGACAUUCUACCAUGAAACUCGGAGGUUGGAGUUCAGGGAAAUUGUACACCUCAAUAUUGCUUAAGCUUAUAGCUAAAAAUAUUAAAGCUUUAAAUUGCGGUUGAUAGGAUUAUAUUACAAAAUUGUGGAUAAAUGCGGGUUUGACGAGGUUGCGGUCCAAUACUGGAACUCAAUAAUCCUUUACAUUACGGGUUCAAUGAUGGUUAGCAAACUAAAGCCUGAAAAUAAUUCAAAAAUCAAUGGUGAGUAGUUCUGGCUUCCUCCUCGCUUGCAUGACAUGAACGAAUGAAUGUAUCAUGGGCUUGGUUUACAAGUGAAUAUUAUUUAAUUAAACAAUUGUGAUUGUAGAGAAAACGAUAAUGAAGUCAAAUUAGUGGGGUUUGUUCUACAGAUUCAUAAGUGCAAUGUAGCUAUUAUUGGAUCCUGAUGAUUACAAGCCACCAUUAUUUUACAAA